AGUUAGUUUACUUACUAGUCUGUGAAUGUGGGGUGUGUUGUUUUGGAAUACGGAUUAAUUUGGAUUAAAUUUGAACUAGAGUUACCCUCAUUUCAGUUACGUGGUUUUACUGUGCCUUCCAGUGUUUUGUGCUUAUAAAAUCGGCAGUCACAGUAGUUAAUAACUGUGACUAUUUACUGUGGCUUAUUAUGUAAAAGUUAUACAAAAUCAUACUCAAUUUACCUUGUUAAAAUCUGUCUAUUGAAAAAAUGGAAGUGUCCCAUUCCUUGACUCUAAACGAAACAGCAUUGCAGCAGCUGCCAGAUGAUAAAAAGCCACAUUUCAUAUUUGAAUGGCUACGGUUCCUUGACAAGGUGUUGGUUGCAGCACACAAGAAUGAUAUUAAAGCUUGCCAACAAAAACUUGUUGCCCAAUUAGUUAAUCUUCUACGUGAAUCCCUUGGUGCACCUGCUAGAAAACUGCUUGCCCGGAAUUUAGCCAUACUCUUCUCUGUCGGGGAUACCUUCCUUUUAUUUGAUACAGUAAAUAAGUGCAAUGACAUCAUCAAAGUGAAGGAUGACUCGCCUUCAUACAUGCCGACUAGAUUGGCUGCAAUAUGCUGCCUUGGUAGUAUGUAUGAGAAGCUAGGUAGAAUGAUGGGAAGAUCACAUGAAGAAACUGUUACUACUCUGGUCAGGUCCUUAAAGAGUGCAGAAUCGCAAACCAGGCUUGAAAUCAUGAAUACACUGGAAAAGAUCUGUGUUGGGAUAGGAUCUGCUGCUCCAGCGGCAGUGAGAGAAGUAUCUCGUGCUGCUCGUACAGCAUUGAUGUCAGAUCGGUCUGCAGCAGUGAGAGCUGCGGCAGCACACACCCUGACUAACUUGUUGCCACUAAUGAGACUGACACCAGCAGAUCUUGAUGCUAUAGCUGCUGCUUGUCUCCGUGCCGCCAAUCCCAGUGAUUAUAUUUUAAGAUGUGCAAUUGCGGAACUUUUGGGAUCUCUAAUAGCAACAACACAAGCUGCUGAAGUGACGAAUAACAACAAGUUUAAAGUCGGCUUGCAACCAGUGCAACAAAAUAAGAAGGAUCCUCCUAAAAAUGUAGUCUCAUUAGACGAAGCUCUGAACUUAUUGAUGGGCGCUUUUCUAAGAGGGGGCACGUCGUUCCUAAAGGGUGAAAUUAUUAAAUCUGGUUCCGGUGUCAACAGGGAAGUUAGAGUAUGUGUUACAAAUGCAUAUGUCGUGUUCGUGCAGAACAUGGGAGGAGUUUGGUUGGAACGUAACAUAACUACGUUUUUAGCUCACGUAUUGGAUUUGGUGGCUAAUCCUAAAGCAGCUAGUUCUCAUGUCGACGCGGUUUAUUCAAGAAAGUGCAUUAGUUAUAUUCUGCGCAACACUCUCGGCAAGAUGCUAGGGGAGAAAGCACAAGCGUCGGCGUGUCGGGAGAUCAUACAGAUUGUUGUCAAACAAAUGAACAGCAUCGACUUUAAUCCGGAAAACGCGAAGGAUUGUAAUCAGGAAACUUUGUUUAGUCAGCACCUUUUAGUGUGUGCUCUAAUGGAAGCGGGAGAAUUGGCCUUGCAGCUCGGUACUUCAAUUCAGAAUCUCAUAUCAGAUACAUCAUUGAAUAUGGUUGAAGCUAUAUGUAGUGUGUUGGAGCACCCGUGCGUGGCGGCGCGGCUGGCGGCGGCGCGCUGCGUGCGCUGCGUGUGCGUGGCGCUGCCGUCGCGCGCCGCGCCGCUGCUCGACGCGUGUCUGGACGCACUGGACGCGCCCACGCCCACGCCGCAUCGUGUGCACGGUUAUUCGGCGGCACUGGCAGCCAUACUAGGCGCAGUGCGGCUGUCCCCCCUGGGCGUGCCGCACGGUCGCGGCAAAAUCGCCUUUAAUGCCGCCGAGCAGUUGCUGCGUUCGGCUGGACAGAGCAGCAGGCUGACGGCUGCCAGAACUAAUGCUGGCUGGCUUAUUGUCGGCGCCAUUUGUACAUUAGGGGUCCCGGUGGUGCGAGGUCUCCUACCCCGAAUGUUGCUGUUAUGGCGUAACAGCUUCCCGAGGUCCGCUAAGGAAUUGGAAUCGGAAAAAUCAAGAGGAGACGCGUUCACUUGGCAGGUGACAUUGGAGGGUCGUGCCGGUGCGUUGUCGGCGCUACACAGUCUGUUGAUCCACUGUCCGUCGUUGGUCAACAGCGACGACACGGCCAAACGUUUGACGCAGCCCAUCGACGGUGCUAUCGCUGUGCUCACCAAUGUGAACAGCGUAGUCCGCAGUUACGGCGGCGCACUGAAAGCCCCGGCGGCGUUGUUGCGGUUGCGACUGUACCAAACGUGCGCGGCGCUGGGCGGCGCCGGGCCCUCCGCCGCGCCGCUACUACGACUCCUCGCCGCCGAGGUCGCCGGCGCCGCUGACCCGAGCGGGGCUAAUGUCGCUACCGGUAUGCUAAGGAAUGCCAUGCAUCCACGUGACGUCAUACUUCUAGGCGAAGAGGGUUGGAUUUAUGAAACCGAUCAUGCAGAAAUUGAGGAACAACUCGUAUCACCGCUGAGUGCAAGUGGAUCAGGAGCAUUAGAACACGAUCCGUGUUGUCUGUACCGCGGCACUACGGGUGCGCAACCACUGGGCGUCGCGGUUAUAGACGCGUCCGUCGUAUUGUUCCCGCAAGUAUUCGCAAGAGCCGCUAAUAAACACAGACAACAAAUGCUAGAACACUUCGCGGAAUGCAUUAAGAUGUCUAAGGGUGGUCGCCAGGAAGCAAUACAAGUGAAUGUGUAUACAGCUCUAUUAUUGGCUCUACGUACUUUAGCAGAGACUAAGACUUCUUUAGGACAAGAUCCCGUGAAGAAUAUUGCCACAGAGUUGAUUAUUAACGGUCUAUCGGCGAACAGCGCCUCAGUACGAGCAGCUGCGGCAUCGUGUGCCGGUCGACUCUGCGGCUGCAUCACUGAAGCGGAAAGCCAAGCUCUGAGCGAGAAAGUGAUAGCAUUAGCACGUACAGCCGCCAAUCGAUCAGUGCGGGCGGCUGCUGCAGCCGCUGCCGGCGCUGUACUCCGGGCUCGAGGCACCGCUUCAAGUGCUACAGCGCUGCCUGUGCUGAGAGCACUCGCACAGGAUGCAUCUUCUGUCGAGCUUCAGGUGUGGUCAGUACACGCAUUGUCGGUGCUGGCGGACGCUUCGGGCCCGAUGUUCCGAGCGCACGUCGAGUGGACGCUAGCGCUGGCGCUGAGGCUGAUAUUCGCCGCUCCGCCUUACCAUCACCUGCUCCUGCGCACCGUCGCCAGGCUGCUCGCCGCGCUCAUCACUGUGCUCGGACCCGAGUUACAAGUGGUAGCCGUGAGUCGAUUCGUUUGCGCGUGCUCGGCGCUGCUGGAGGGCGGCGGCGGCGGCGCGCGCGCUGAGGCCAUCGGCUGUCUCCAGCAGCUGCAGAUGUUCGCGCCGGCGCACAUCAACCUGCACACUCUCGUGCCCAAACUCUGCCACGACUUAUCGAACCCGGAGCUGACAGUACGUCGGGCGGCGCUCUGCUGCCUCCGACAACUGUCUCAGAAGGAAGCUUUAGAAGUUUGUCGGUACGCGUUGCUCGCGAAAGAUCACGUACCCGCCAAACCGUACUGUGGUGUAGUGAUAACGGACACCGGUCUGCCGGGAGCCCUGUUCGCGUUCCUGGACAUCGAGCGAGACGAGACCGCGCUGUCGUACGCUAAAGACACACUGACCUGCUGCCUGUUGGCGGCUGCUUCCUCGAACACGAUCAGAGACUGGAUCGUUCUCGCCAAACGAGUACUCACUGUACGGCUGGAAGACAGCAACAACGCUGACACGGACUUCGACGCGGAAGGCGACGACGACCAGGCGGAGUUCCACGCGGACACGGAUCAGUCGACACACCCGGCCGUGCAGUCCCGGUGGCCGACGCGUGUUUUUGCAAUGGAGUGCAUACAGAAGAUAAUGGGCGCUUGUGAAUUAACUGGCGACAACGCACAUUUUGAUCUUGUCAAGGCAAAGGAGAAACAAAUCGCGGAACCUAAUAGUGACUAUUUAUCGUUCCAUCUGUCGGAUUUGGUUCGCAUGGCGUUCGUCGGCGCCACCGGUGAGUCUGACGCGCUGCGUCUCUGCGGUCUGCGCACGUUGCAGAUGAUCAUACAGCAGUACGCGCGAGCGCCCGAACCGGACUUCCCCGGACAUCUGCUGCUGGAACAGUACCAAGCUCAGGUGGGUGCGGCGGUGCGUCCCGCGUUCGCGGGCGACACGGCGUCGCACGUGACGGCGGCCGCGUGCGACGUGUGCUCCGCCUGGAUCGGCUGCGGGGUCGCCAGGGACAUCAACGACCUCAGGCGAGUUCACCAGCUGCUCGUCUCAAGUCUGGACAAACUGAACACUAAAGGCAACACCACACUCAUCUACAACGAGAGUAUGGCCACAUUGGAAAAGUUAUCCAUAUUAAAGGCCUGGGCUGAGGUAUACAUCGUGGCGAUGGUGAGCAACAACAGCGCUCCGGGCAGCUACGUGAAGCAACUCGACAGCAGACCCUCCAACAAUGGAGCUGAACUGGCCAAAUGGCGCAACCAAGUACUCCGGGACAACAACGAGAUUGACAACGCCGGUCCCGGUAGCGCCGAAGACGACGAGUACGGCGAAUUCGAAUCUAAAGGCGAGAGUCUACUGAGGCUGGUCGAACCGCAACUGGAGAGCUUGGGCGAGAAUUGGAUCGCGGCUUUAAAGGAUCAUGCGCUACUCAGUCUGCCGUCUGAGUUCGCGUCGCAGCUCCCGCACGGCGGCGGCGCCUUCUACUCGGCGGAGACGGCGGAGGCGUCGCGCGCGCACUACGGGCACGCCUGGCCCUCGCUGCUCUACGCGGCGUCUCUACGGUUCAACGCAGACAUCGACUAUGUACCGAAUAACGAAACUAGUCACGAAUCGGAACCAAACACAGAUAACAAGUCUUCGAGAACAGAAAAUGGAAACUUUGAAUUCUUCGAACCGGUCGAUGAGAGAUUCCAUCUUUUAUUUGGUAUAUGCAUGGAGGCGUUAUGCGCGCAACGCGACAUGAGCGAGGAAAAUACGAUAUCUGUUUUGCUCUCGCUGGUCACCCUACUCGACGCUCCCGACAACAGAGCCAGGCUACUCAGAGACAAAGCAUUAGCUAUCGAGCUGUGUCAGAUAAUACAUCGCACGGCUCUAACUCAACCAAGUAUAGAGGCGUUGUUACUGUCCGCCGACGUUCUGCGUUUGGUGAUCGACGCGGCCAGAGAACAAUUGCAUGCCAACAUGCAAGCUAAAAUUAAAGAACUGGCACCUAACGAAGCAUCAGACGGAUCAAUCCCUCAAUCAGUUCUCGAGGUGGUCCACACGUUAGGCGAAGGAGGUCCUACAGGGGACCUUCCGCCGGGGAAGUCUUUAGUGUUCGCUUGUCUGGAGGUCUGCGUCUGCUUACUUGUGCGGCGCCUGCCCUCCUUGAGUCCGGUGAGGCAGGAGGGCAAGGUCGGGGUCAUAGGAGUGCCCAAAGGACUUGGAAUACAUGGCGAUACGUUGUUGGUCAAAAGCUUGGCUGCUAUGUCCGAGUUGCUGUCUUUAACUAGUCCCCAGGGCGCGCUCUCAAUAUUACCGACGAUACUGUACCUAUCGACCGAGGUGCUGCAAGAGAGUAAAGACUCGCCGACGGUGGCGGACGCGGGCGUGCUGCUGUUGCAGCGCGCGGCCGAGUGCCGGGCGGUGCGCGUGCACGACCACACGCGCGAGCAGCACGACAAGCUGCUGCAGAGCACGCUCGCCAAACUAGUCGAGCGAGUCAAGAGCGAUGAUAAGGAAUGUCGUUUGGACAGCAUUACGGGUGCACGCGGUAUGGCCGUCGUAUUGAAUGCUGCCGAACCGAUACCCGCUCUCCAUUAUCCUUGCAUCAAUCAUUUCAGACAAUGUCUCGAUACCGACGAUCACGAGCGGUUCGCGUCGUGUUGCGCGGUGGUGCGCAGCGUGUGGGGCGGGGGCGCGGAGGCGCGGCGCGUGUCAUGGUGGGCGCGCGCGCUGGCGGCGCGGCUGGUGGCGCGCGCACACGCCGCCCGCCGCCCCGCGCACGCGCCGCACGCCCGCGCCGCGCUCGCCGCCCUGCACGCGCUCGACGACCUGGUGCGGGCCGCGCCGCCUCAACCGCGAAUUCAACUUCUCUGGUUACUGGUGCCGAUAGUGAUUUCGUAUCUACGGGAAGGGAACGAACUGAGCCAAGCCCCGCCCCACGUUCGUACGUUGCACGACUUCGCCCUGCAAUGGCUAACGAAGAUCGGACCUAAAUAUCCCCAGGAAUUCAAAACGAUGAUGCAACAGUCUUCGGAGCUGCGCAAUAAGUUAGAGAGCGCUCUGAAGUCGAGUCAGAGCGGGAAUCGUUCGGGCCGCCCGACGCAACAGCAGAGGCCCGUGUUCGACGCGAAGCCGACUAAACCUACUAUACAACUUAAAACGGACUUCAGCGAUUUCAGAUAAACGUUCGCGACUCGAAUGAUUCAAAACGUCUUCUAUUAGCUGGUAAUAUGAUCACUUUUUACUGAGGACCUCUUGUGAGUUCGCACGGGUAGGUACCACCGCCCUGCCUAUUUCUGCCGUGAAGCAGUAAUGCGUUUCGGUCUGAAGGGCGGGGCAGCCGUUGUAACUAUACUGAGACUUUAGAACUUAUAUCUUAAGGUGAGUGGCGGUAUUUACGUUGUAGAUGUCUAUGGGCUCCAGUAUCCAUUUAACAACAAGGAGGGCUGUGAGCUCACACAUCUAAGCAAUAAAAAAAAAGCUGCUAGAAACAGUUCUCCGUUAUAUUCUUGCCCCAAAAUUGAGACCGUCAGCGCAAAAGUGGUCUAACCUAAAAAAUUUCAUAUUCGUGCUUAUACAAAAAUAUUGCAAUUUAUUUGAAACAAAAUAAAUUUUGUUGCAAAACACGCCAAUCCCUACUUUCGGCGAUAGAUCACAGAUGUCAAAAUUAUAUUUGCGCGUUUUUUUUUUAUUACGAAACAGUGUAUGUAAAUUCAAACCUCGUUACUAACUACGGUAGGCAUAGGCCACUUCUGCGCUGACGGCCUCAAUUAUAAAUAAUAAUAUCGAGUGUACAAAAAAAAAGAUACUAAAAGUUUGUAAUUAAAAAAGCAGUUUGAAUAUGCAUUUAUUUCUUAAAAAUGUCAAAAUUCUUGAAUGUCAACGUCGCUUAAUUUUUAUCACUUUUGGGGUUUUUUUUUUUCGAUAAUUUUUUUUGUAGAGAGAUUACGAAUUUGGUCUAUUUUCGCACAUUAAUGAAUAUUAUUGGAAGACUAUGUAACAAAAUUGUUAAUCACAAUUUCUCUAAUUCGUGACUAGGUACUAAAUUAAUUAUUUACUUAUUAUAUACUAAAUUAAUUAUUAAUUAUUUUUAUUUAAACAAAGGCUUUAUUAAUUAUUUUAAUUUUAUGAUCUCUCUUUCUAUUUAUUUAAUUUGAAAAACUCAUUCGUGAAACAAACAUCAAGACAGUCAAUUAUUGGACUCGUAUACCGAAAUAUAAUAAUGGAAUUGAAUAAAGCAGCACAAUCGUUCACAUUUAUUUACACUAUGCCACAAUACAAAAAUGUCGUAGCUGUUGUAAACGCAUUUGGUUCGAACUAGAACUCACAUAAUUCAGUUGGGAGUGCGUUUUCAAGUGUAUGACGAUAUUUGAGUAAUAAAAACGUUAUAGAUUUACUCGGGCCAGUGACUAGAUGUUUCGGCAAAUGGGUUUCAUUUUCUUAUUAAUUUUCUUUAAUAAAUCGAGUAAAUUAAAAUACGCUUGCGUUUUUCAUAAAGAGUGUAAUAAUCGGAAUAAGUAAAACAAUGACAGAUAAUAAUAAUAAUAAUAAUAAUAAUAAUAAAGAUCAUUUAUUGCCUUUCACAUCAUAAAAUGAAAUACAAAAAAAGAAAAGCAAAAAAAAGAGAAAAAGGCAAAAGGAGGUGGCUCAGCUAUUGCUGUUCAAGGUUGAUAAAUUGAACAGCGCUGAUUUUCAGUCACCCCCGUUUCCCUUUGGUUCUUUGCGGGAAUGAAGACUCCGUACGUGUGUACAUACUCAGAAUAUGAUAUAAAUUAGUAAAAUUAAUAAAUUAUAAAAAUUUAAGAACAAACAAAAUAAAAAUCAAAUUAAAUGGUGAACCCGAAAACAAAACCAAAAAUUUAAGAAAAAAACAAAACAAAAAUCAAAUUAAAUGGUGAACCCGAAUACAAAACAUAAUAAGCACACAGUAAUAACAACCUGUGGGCAGCUUAAAAAAUAUAUAAAAAUAAAUAAAAAUUUAAUAAAAGGAAGUUUUCACAAGCUAGGAUUAAAUUAGUUACUAUAAACACUAUAAAUUACAUUAGUUUUUGUGAGUCCAAAAGAAAUGAUUUUAAACGAUUAAUAAAGCCAUGCUUUGUUACAAUGUGACGAAUAGGUGGAGGGAGAUCAUUCCAGCAAUGCGUAGCUGCGUAUUUAAACGCUCCCCGAAAAGCAGCUGUUCUGUAUUUGGGCGUCAACAAUGGCUUAACAGUAGCUCGUGAGCCAUACCUGUACUGAGUACUUCUCCAAUCCAACUUCUCAUACAAGUACCUAGGUUCAUGUGUCGAAAUCACUCCAAAUAGUAAGACUGCUAAGUGCAACCUUCUUCUAGCUGCCAUUUUCAAUAUAUUAAGAGAUAAGUGACACAAUGACAUAGUCAUACAUAAAAAAUAUAAUAUUAUUUAUUGAGGUUUAAGGUUCAUCGCGCGAACACUAGUCUAAUAUACCGUUAAUAAUAUGCCGGAUAAAAUGCCGUUGUAACUAUACUGACACCUUAGAGCUCAUAUCUCAAAUGACGCCCAUUUGCGUUGUAGAUAUCUAUGGGAUCCGGUAACCACUUAACACCAACGAAACAAAUAAAAGAAGUAUAUUCUAGAAGGAUCGCUAUCGACCGGUAGACGAUAUAUUAACAUUGUUAAAGACUUGUUUUCUUUGGUGUCAGAAGAAAUCCAAAAUAUUAUAUCAUAAGAUUGUUAAAAACGCACUCUUAAAACUUAUACCUAACACCUAUUACCUAAUAUUAAUAGAAUAAUAUUUACAAUGUGUAAUAAACCCUUAAAAGGGAAGUUUAAUUAAAAUUAAGGAGUAGUAAGUAGCAAUUAAAUAGCAUUUAACCCCGAUACGAAACAGUUUAACUGAUCUAAAUGUAGUUGAAAAAAACUAUAGUUACUAAAUAAUAUUUCGUGUUACUUUGAUAAUAAUUAUAUAAUUAACUUGAAGAAAAUAUUAGGAAUAUGACAAUAUUAAAAUAAUAUAAUAAUUGUAAAUCGACUUCAAAAACGAAAUACAUUAAUUAAAUUCAAUUAUUGGACCACCUUGAGAGUGAGUUUUACAACACGUUUUAAAACAAAAACAAAAAAAUUUCAAAAUUGAUCUAAAAAUGACUAAGAAAAAGAUUUAAAAAAAAAAGAUAACGGUACACGUUUUUGAAGUCGGUUUAAAACUACACGAGUAGGAAAAAUAAUCUGAUUUAUUGAAUGUAUAAAAAAACCAAUUGCCUUAGAAUGUGAAAAGUUUUCAUAACUGUCUGAAAUUAUCGUUGUAUUUUAAAUUUAAUAUCCAAUUAAUAUUUAAACGUCUCUUGACAAGGCCUCGAUCGAUGCUUCCCUUUUGAAAAAAAAAAAACAAGUUUAUUUUUCGAAUGUUUUUGUUUUAAAUAUUCUCAGUACUUUAUAUUCAUUGUAAUUUGUUUUUAAGUAAAAUGCAUUGAUAUUAUUUAAAUAAAAUAUAAUAAAUACUGAAA